AUCGUGUUCAUCGCCGGCGCGAGCUUAUGUGUAACGUUAGAAUUUUAAACAUUCAAAUUUCGAACUCCAUGUAAAAAUCUACGCCGGAACAGAUUAUUCUUUUUAAACGCGGACGUUGGAACUCACAGAUAUAGCCAAGUGUUGCCAGUGGGAGGUUUUAUAUUCGUGAAUUAUUUAUUAUGAAAAUGUGUUAUUAAAGUUUAUGUGACAAGUUGCGGUUAAAGUUCACUACGUUCAGUGGAUGUACUUGAUUGCUUAAACGUGCUCAAAUUAUGUGUUUUGCUGAACAAUAAAUUAAUUUUACUGUUUUUUGGUCAAUUUGACACGCCACAAGGACAGUCGCUAGUGAUGUGACACCAUAAUGUGCUAUAGCGUCGAGUUGACGCAGUGUAAACUAGUGGUGUGACACAUCGAUAUCGAUAGUUUGUUACCGAAUGAACACACUCAUGCUGACGACUGGCUCACUUGAUGAUCAGCCCAUGGACGGGAACAUGUCUUUUUCGUCUUACAAUAUGAUGGACUCCGGUGGUGCCGGCAUCGAAUCCCCACCCACCUACCACAGGAGCUACGAACAAUACGUCCAAGGGGCCGUGGAAAACAGCACAGACUCAACCCAGGAACAGACGAGUCCAGAACUAGUGGUCUGGUCGACCCUACCCUACGGUCUGGACUACAGAACGCAAUACGACUAUAGAAACCCGUACGAAUCUAGAGAUUUCUCAACUCAGCAAUAUGCGAGGGCGCCUUUCACCACGAAAAUGGGGCAGGCCAAGGCGCUGAAGGAAGCCAGGAUAAGGAGACCCAUGAACGCCUUCAUGGUGUGGGCUAAGGUGGAGCGGAAGAAGCUGGCUGAUGAGAACCCGGAUCUACAUAAUGCUGAUUUGAGCAAAAUGCUAGGUAAAAAAUGGCGUUCGUUAACCCCACAAGACCGGCGGCCGUUCGUGGAGGAAGCGGAACGCCUGCGCGUCAUACAUAUGACGGAGCAUCCUAAUUAUAAAUACAGACCCAGACGGCGAAAGCAGAAUAAAACCAGACCAAAUCAACCUUCAGCGCCUGCUAGCGCGCCGCCGUCUGCCUCUGCCGCUCUAGGCUCGCCCUACGCUACCACCACUGAUUCCCCAGAUACUCGCUUCUCCCACAACCCAGGAGCUGGUUUUUCUCCGUACAGAACAUCUCCCCUCGCAUCAGACUCGUACCAAACAAGCCAAUUUAACGGACACGUGCAAACUCCUGAAUCUUCACCCGCUAGGUCGCCUGAACCUCAGGGUAGAAGAAGUGCGCCAGCUGAAGCCCCACUCCCCACUCCAGAUGCGUCUCCCGUUGAAAACGAAAAGGAGAACUUCCAGUAUGAGGAAAGAAGGCGGGCGAUCAAUGCCUCUUCACUAUCUGAGUCCUAUUCUUACAAAUCAUUCAGAACGCCCGGUUCCUUUUCGCCAGCCCCAGUGGCCGCUAUGGGAAUGGCUAACGGCAUGUAUGUUAUGUGCGCGCAAAGGUCGCUAGCAGAACAGCCUCCACUUGUAACAGGGACGUUCUUCCCACCGGUAGCGACCUCGCAAGACCAGCAAGCCCUAGGCGCUACCGCACCUCGAGUGUCUUCGGCACCAAGUGGGCCCAUGUCCACUGAAUACAGCAUUCAGUACCAUCCAUACGAACAAUACGAGCAAAUGUAUAAAACUGAGGAUUCGUACGUGUCCCACUAUUCUGAGCAACCGAAAACUGAAUACGACACCAGCGGGACGUAUUUCGCGGAGGAACCGCCGAAUCAGGCGCAGGAAAACGAGCAAAGUUUCAUGCCACGCUCAGAAAUGCGGACAGGUUCGCCAGAAUCCGACGUGGACGCGCGGGAAUUCGACAAAUACUUGGACUACGGUGCGGAGGGGACUAUGGAGCAGCAUCAGCAGUAUAGAUACGAACAGCAGCAGCAAUACCGGCCUCCCUACUGCCCGGAAUCGACUCCCGGACAGGAGUAUUGCGCGGAGAGAAUGUAUCCUUCUCCGUACGCCUCUGUGAUCGCGGGAACUCCACCUUCCGUCCCGUACCCACCAGCUCAGCCUGUGUCGGAUGUAAGGCCAGACGAUGAAUUCAGCGUCAUCUUAGCUGGUGUGAGACAGACUUGUUAUAGCAAUUGACUAGAGUUUAAACGUGUAUAGACUAAAGGGACUCGUGUUAUAGCUCUUAUGAAUAUUGCAUAUCUUACCCGUGAAUGUAUUUGAUGAUUGCCUAAUUUUGGAUCCUAUUUAUAUGAAUCGAACUGUCUAUUGAUAUUACAUAUUAAAUAUCUAUUACCAGGGUAUGAUAAUCUGAUUAUAAGCUAAUAUAUAUUUCGAUAUAAAACUCUUAUAAAUGACAAUAUACUUAAAAGUUUAUUGCUAUAUAUCAUUGUUAAUCUUGAAAUAAAGAAAGUAUACGUUUAAAUUGAAUGUUCCUAAAUACAAUACAAAGUUUUUGAUAAAUAAUUCAAAAAUAUAAAAAAUAAGCAUGUUAUUAUAUUCAUUCGUUAUUUUAAUAAGGUCUUUUGACAUAAGUCUAUCUAUGUACAAAUAAAACGAAAUCAUCCAUCUUUUCAUAGAGUAACACUGGAAAUAGAUUGCUUUUUAAAUGAUCCUUUUAUGAAUACUUCAAAAUCCUCUUAAUUGAAAGAAAAGAGCGUACUUUAAGAUUUUUUUUAGGAUACCUUAUAUAAAAAUAAUAUGAAUGCUUUAUUACAUGACUUGUCUUAAUUUUUUUUCGGUACAACUAUUCUAUACCCCAAUACCUUGGUGCUAUAUAAGGGUCCACUUAAUUAAGAUUUAAUUAAAACUAUUAUACCAAGAGGUAACAAACGAUGUUUCCUAUGUUAAAGAUUAUUUAUUUGUAUCUAUUUUGUAUAUUAUAUUUAGAUAAUUCGUCAAAUUAAUCGAUCUUCCAUAAGCCUGUAGAUAUAGUUUAAGUCUACAUUAAUCAUUUAAUGUUAAUAUAAGUUAUCUGUAUAAAAUUAUACGAUGGUUAAAUAUCUCAUAGAUUAGUAUUUGUACUAAAUUUAGUUAAAAUGUAUUAGAUGUAUUACGAUUCCAUAGUUUUAGUAAAAUACACUCGCACUGCGAAACGUUCUUCCUGAUUGUAAGAAAAUUUAUAAAACAAUAAAAAUUAUAUUCGAUA